AUGAUCAAAUGAUGUCAUUCCUUUGAGUGCCUAGCACCAUGCCUGGCACAGGGUGAGUGAGGAGAAACGCUAGGUAUUGUUGCUAAUAUUUGCACUCUGCCUCAUUUAAGUGCGGUUCCAGGUAGGCCUCACAGUUCUGCUCAAGUUAAGUUUUCCUGGUUUCUGCAAAAGUAGAAUUCUCUGGAGUGCUCAUUGAGCCCUCCUGGCACUUGUCUUUUGAUGCCUGUCCUGGGCAGUUGAGGAGGCUGGUUCACUUCCAGGAGAACCCCGUGUGUCUGUGUUUACUUUCUGCCUAUGGAGCACAGUUCUACUCUGAAGCAUAUGGGGUUGCCAUGAGUUGGAAUCAACUCGAAAGCAACUGAUAACAUGACUGAAUGACCCAAAGUUACUACUGCUGUGUCAUUUAGUUUUUCUUCUUCUUUUCAGAAAGGGGAUGUUUGGGCUAAAGCUGAAGAAGAAGAAGAAUAAAGCAGAGAAGGGGUUAACCCUAGCUAAUAAGGCUGCAAAAGAUCAUCAAGGUGAAGCCGAUGCUCCCCAGGAGGGGCCUUCCCAUCAGGAAGGACGGAGAGAAGAUUUGAUCAGUAAUAAUGCUUCUACCACUCCUGCCCCCUCAGCGCCUCUGAAGAGAAGAUCAAAACUGGUGACUAAGAUCCAUGACGGGGAGGUCAAAUCCCAAAAUUAUCAAAUUGCCAUCACCAUCACUGAGGCCCGCCAACUGGUGGGUGAGAACAUUGACCCAGUUGUGAUCAUUGAGAUCGGGGAUGAGAAGAAGCAAAGCACAGUGAAGGAAGGAACCAACAGCCCAUUUUAUAAUGAAUACUUUGUCUUCGACUUCAUUGGGCCCCAAGUGCAUCUUUUUGACAAGAUCAUCAAAAUCUCUGUCUUUCAUCACAAGCUGAUAGGAAGCAUUCUGAUUGGCUCCUUCAAAGUAGACCUGGGGACUGUGUACAACCAACCUGGUCAUCAGUUCUGUGACAAGUGGGCGCUGCUCACGGACCCUGGAGACAUCAGGACCGGCACCAAGGGGUACCUGAAGUGUGACAUCAGCGUGACUGGGAAAGGCGAUGUCUUGAAGACCAACCCCAAAACCUUUGAUGCCGAGGAGCAAAUAGAAAAGAAUCUUUUGAUUCCCCAAGGGUUUCCAUCAGAGAGACCCUGGGCCAGGUUCUACGUGAGACUCUACAAAGCAGAAGGGUUGCCAAAGAUGAACUCCAGCAUCAUGGCGAAUGUCACCAAAGCAUUUGUGGGUGACAGUAAGGACCUCGUGGAUCCCUUCGUGGAGGUCUCCUUCUCUGGGCAGGUGGGGCGAACCACAGUGCAGAAGAACUGUGCUGACCCUGUGUGGCAUGAACAGGUGAUCUUCAAGGAAAUGUUCCCUCCCCUGUGUCGGAGGGUGAAAAUCCAGGUGUGGGACGAAGGCAGCAUGAACGAUGUGACGCUGGCCACCCAUUUCAUUGAUUUGAAGAAGAUCUCCAAUGAACAGGAUGGAGAUAAAGGCUUUCUACCUACCUUCGGACCAGCCUGGAUUAACCUGUAUGGCUCACCCAGGAACCACGGCCUGAUGGAUGACUAUCAGGAACUGAAUGAAGGCUUUGGGGAAGGCGUGUCAUUCAGGGGCAGAAUCCUAGUAGAAAUUGUUGUGGAAAUCCUCUCAGGAGGGGCACAGGAGUCUAAGUUUUCUAAAGCCCUGAAGGAGCUCAAGUUGCCUACCAAGGACAAAGACUCCAAGUCUUCCAAAGGAAUGAAUAAGGACAAAGGUGACAAAACCGAUGAUGGAAAAUCCCAGCAGGCGACAGACAAGACUAACUCAACCGAGGUUGAAGUGGAACCUUUUGACGUACCCCCUGAGAUUGUACCAGAAAAAUGUGAGGAAUUUUUACUCUUUGGAGCAUUUUUUGAAGCUACCAUGAUUGACCGGAAGAUUGGAGAUAAACCUAUUAGCUUUGAAGUUUCCAUUGGUAAUUUUGGGAACCUGAUUGAUGGAGGGACCCAUCAUGGGAGUAGGGAGAAGUCAACUGAAUUGGCUGAAGAGGAUGACCUUCCACUAUUGCAUGAAGGAGAAGGGGAGUCAGCCAAUGACGGUGCCAUGCCAAUGGUCUCCACCACACAUCCAGAGAAGCCACUGGUGACAGAAGGAAACAGGAACUACAACUAUUUGCCAUUCGAUGCCAGGAAGCCCUGUGUCUACUUCAUCAGCUCCUGGGGAGACCAGACCUUCAGGCUCUACUGGUCCAACAUGCUGGAGAAAAUGGCGGACCUCCUGGAAGAAAGUAUAGAAGAAGUGAGAGAGCUGAUCAAGAUUUCGGAAGAGACGCCAGAAGAGAAAAUGAAGACGGUGCUCAGUGACUUUAUCAGUCAAAGCAGUGCCUUUAUCUCUGAAGCAGAAAAAACACCGAAGAUGUUGAACCAAACUACUUUAGAUAAGAAACGACUUACACUCUACUGGCAGGAGCUGGAGGCAAUGACCAAGGAGGCAAAAGGGAUCAUUCAGCAACAGCAGCAGAAGUUAUCUCUUGAUGAAAUGAUCUCCAAAGCCCAAGGCUUUGUGGAAAAGAUCCGCUUCCUUGUUGAUGAGCCACAGCACACCAUCCCUGAUGUCUUCAUUUGGAUGCUGAGCAACAACAAGAGAGUGGCAUACACCCGCAUCACCUCCAGAGACCUGCUCUAUUCCCCUGUCAGAGAGCAAAUGGGCAAACACUGCGGGAAGAUAAAAACUCAUUUCCUCAAACUUCCUGGAAAACGGCCAGCUGGUUGGUCAGUGCAAGCGAAAGUGGACGUGUACCUGUGGCUGGGUUCCAUCAGACACUCUAGUGCCAUUUUGGACAACUUGCCAAUAGGCUAUGAAGCAGAAACACCCUCCAAAGCGACUUCUGUCAAUCACCCCCCUGACAACUUGCUCUACCAAGCCCGCCAUGUCUUUCAGCUGAGAGCUCACAUGUACCAGGCCCGGGGCCUCAUCGCGGCUGACAGCAAUGGACUGUCCGACCCCUUUGCCAAAGUCACCUUCCUUUCCCACUGCCAGACAACAAAGGUCAUUUCCCAGACCCUCUCCCCCACCUGGAACCAGAUGCUGCUGUUCAAUGACCUGGUGCUGCACGGAGAUCAGAAGGAGCUGGUGGACUCCCCACCCUUAGUGGUGGUGGAGCUCUAUGACAGCGAUGCAGUGGGGAAGCCAGAAUACUUGGGUGCCACGGUGGCCACUCCUGUUGUAAAGCUGGCUGACCAGGACUAUGAGCCACCCCAGCUGAGCUAUCACCCCAUCUUUUGUGGGAACCUCUCCGGAGGGGAUCUCCUUGCAGUAUUUGAGCUUCUGCAGGUCCCUCCAUCCGGGCUACAAGGGCUCCCUCCUGUUGACCCACCAGACGUCGCCCAGAUCUACCCGGUUCCUGCCAACAUUCGGCCUGUGCUGAGUAAAUACAGAGUGGAGGUUCUCUUCUGGGGAGUCCGAGAAAUGAAGAAGGUGCAGCUCCUGUCAGUUGAUCGGCCUCAGGUUCUCAUCGAGUGUGGGGGGCGAGGAGUCAAGUCCUGCGUGAUCCAGAGCUACAAGAACAACCCCAACUUCAGCGUCCAGGCAGACGCUUUCGAAGUGGAGCUGCCUGAGAAUGAGCUUCUUCAUCCACCACUGAGCAUCUGUGUGGUGGACUGGAGGGCUUUCGGGAGGAGCACCCUGGUGGGCACCUACACCAUCAAUUGCUUAAAGCAGUUUUUGUGCAACUCCAGGGAGCCCCCUGCCCUCAUCUCACAGGUGAACGGAGCCCAAGUUCAGCAAGAUGUUUCAGUUUCACUAACAGCCACUGAGCCCCUCCAGCCUCUCAACUCCUCCCAGGAGCCCCCGACAGAUCACAUCUAUGUGGAUAUUGAGCCGCCUCCCACCGUGGUGCCUGAUUCUGCCCAGGUUCAGCAGGCCAGCCUCGUUGACAUCCCUGACUCAUCCCCAAUGCUGGAGCCCGAACUCAAGUCUGCAGCCCCAAAGCCACCCAAAGAUGGAAAAGCUAAGGAUGCUAGGAAACCUUCCCGGAGGUCCACUAAAAGAAAGAAGAGGACCAUAGCCGAUGAGUCUGCUGAAAAUGUUAUUGAUUGGUGGUCUAAGUAUUAUGCCUCCCUGAAGAAAGCACAGAAGGCAAAGGAGAGUAAUCCCAAGGAGAAAAAGGACAAUACGGAGACAAAAGGAGACCAGGUGGUGGUAGACAUAGGAGAUGGCCCAAAGAAGAAGAAAGACAAAAUGCUCAAGAAGCAACCCAAAGAAGGUGAAAUCCCCAACCUGGCGGUUUUGCAGAUAUACGAUAGUGAUCUCGAGAGUAAAUUCAACAAUUUUGAAGACUGGGUGAAAACCUUUGAGCUCUUCAGAGGCAAGUCUAGGGAGGAGGACCACGGCCUUGAUGGAGAUCGAGUCAUAGGAAAGUUUAAGGGCUCCUUCUGCAUCUACAAAAGCCCUGAGGAUUUCAACACAGAGGACGGUGGGCAGCUAAGAAUUCAGCAAGGGAUCCCGCCCAACUACCCAGUCAAAGUUCUGAUCCGGGUGUACAUUGUGGCGGCGUUUAAUCUUAGCCCAGCUGAUGCAGAUGGGAAAUCAGAUCCCUACAUUGUGAUCAAGCUUGGCAAAACCGAAAUCAAAGACCGGGAAAAAUACAUCCCCAAACAACUGAACCCAGUCUUUGGCAGGUCAUUUGAGAUCCAGGCCACAUUCCCAAAGGAGUCUCUGCUCUCCGUCCUGAUCUAUGACCAUGACAUGAUUGGGACAGAUGACCUUAUUGGUGAGACCAAAAUCGACCUAGAAAAUCGCUUCUAUAGCAAGCACCGAGCCGUCUGUGGCUUGCAGAGCCAGUAUGAGAUAGAAGGAUACAAUGCCUGGAGAGAUACAUCCAAGCCCACCGAAAUCCUCACCAAGCUCUGCAAAGACAACAAGCUGGAUGGACCCUACUUUCGCCCUGGGAAAAUACAGAUAGGAAACCAGGUCUUUUCAGGAAAAACAUCCUUCACAGAAGAGGACACCGAUGAGAUCGUGGAGUCUUAUGAGCACUUGGCUCUGAAGGUUCUACACUCUUGGGAGGAUAUCCCAGAGGUUGGGUGUAGACUGGUUCCUGAACACAUUGAAACUCGACCACUGUACCACAAGGAUAAGCCAGGAAUGGAACAGGGCCGCCUGCAGAUGUGGGUGGACAUGUUUCCCAAGGAUAUGCCUCAGCCUGGACCUCCUGUUGACAUUUCACCGAGGCAACCCAAAGGGUAUGAAUUGAGAGUGACCAUCUGGAACACUGAAGAUGUUAUUUUAGAGGAUGAGAAUAUCUUCACAGGACAAAAAUCAAGUGAUAUUUAUGUUAAAGGGUGGAUAAAGGGCUUGGAAGAUGACAGGCAAGAGACAGAUGUUCAUUACAACUCCCUGACGGGAGAGGGGAACUUCAACUGGCGCUUCCUGUUUCCGUUUCAGUAUCUCCCAGCUGAGAAGCAAAUGGUCAUUACCAAGAGGGAGAAUAUCUUUUCCUUGGAGAAGAUGGAGUGUAAAACUCCAGCUGUGCUAGUGCUCCAGGUUUGGGAUUUUGAGAGACUGUCCUCAGAUGACUUCCUGGGCUCCCUGGAAAUGAACCUCAAUAGUUUCCCUCGAGCAGCCAAGUCUGCCAAAGCCUGCGAUCUCAGCAAGUUUGAAAACGCAAGCGAGGAAAGCAAGAUCUCCAUAUUCCAGCAAAAGCGUGUGCGGGGCUGGUGGCCUUUUGCUAAAAGCAAAGAGCUCACAGGCAAGGUUGAAGCUGAGUUUCACCUUGUUACAGAAGAAGAAGCCAAGAAAAAUCCUGUGGGAAAAGCCAGAAAGGAGCCAGAACCUCUGGCCAAACCCAACCGCCCAAACACCUCCUUCUCAUGGUUGGUGAACCCCUUCAAGUGCCUAUACCACCUCAUCUGGAAGAAUUACAAAAAGUACAUCAUCAUCGGCUUCAUUUUGAUCAUCCUCAUCAUCUUCCUGGUCCUCUUCAUCUAUACCUUGCCUGGAGCCAUCAGCCGAAGGAUCGUCGUGGGGUCAUAAAGGAUUGUUUUUGCUGUUGUCAGGUGCUGUCAAGUACCGACUCAUAGCGACCCUGUGUACAACAGAAUGAAACACCGCCCGAUCCUGCACCAUCCUCACAAUCAUUGUUAUGCUUUAGCCCAUUGUUGCAGCCACUGUGUCAAUCCAUCUCGUUGAGGAUCUUCUUUUUUUUCAUUGACGCUCUAUUUUACCAAGCAUGAUGUCCUUCUCCAGGGACUGAUCCCUCCUGAAAACAUGUCCAAAGAAUGUGAGACAUAAUCUUGCCAUCCUUGCUUCUAAGGGACAUUCUGGUUGUACUUCUUCCAAGACAGACUUGUUUGUUCUUCUUGUAGCCCAUGGUAUAUUCAACAUUCUUCACCAACACCAUAUUUCAAAGACAUCAAUUCUUCUUCCUUCUUCCUUAUUCAUUGUCCAGCUUUUGCAUGCAUAUGAGGUGACUGAAAACACCAUGGCUUGGGUCAGGUGCACCUUAGUCCUCAAGGUGACAUCUUUGCUUUUCAACACUUUAAAAAAGUCUUUUGCAGCCAAUUUGCCCAAUGCGAUGAGUUGAAGGAUUGUAGAGGGACUCAAACCCAUUUUUCCCCAAGCCUUUCUUCUUCCUCACCUGCAAACAUGGGGAAAAAAUGUACUCUGAGUGGGAACUGCACUGGGCACUAAGGAAAUAGAAUCAAAGGGCCUAGAACCAGUCCCUAUGUCUAAAGACAGAUCAGCUCUUCCUGGAGGAGAUGGAGAAGAAACAUUCUCUCCUGACGCCAACCCCUGACACACCUUUCAAACUCGAAAGUCUUAAUUCACAUUUUUGCCCAUAGGCAGCGUGAAAUAAUGACUCCUUCCCCUCAAGAUAAUCAAUGGUGACCUCCAGUUGACUUGGGUCAUAAUUUUUUCUUUAUGUAAUUAGCUUUACUCUAAGAAGUCUGAGUCUGAGAUUUUAUUAGAAAUAACUUUUUUUUUAAUAAAAUUUUAUAGCAAAUAGACUGAAAACAUUUUAGCAAAUCACUAGAUAUUUACCAAGCCUCAUAUCUUAAUCUUGUUUAAUCCUUACUGUUCACAGGACACACUUAU